ACACCACAAGUAGCAAAAUACUCACUCACAAAUAGAUCGAUUAAAACAUCCACCUAUACGUACUAUAUUAUCAAAACACCAUUUCAAAUGGCUUUGAUUUCUUCUCCCGUUUCCUUCAAGGAAAACUCAUUUUACCAUAAAAACAUGUGCAUUAUUAAACCCCAAAAAAACUACUCUACCCAAUUAAUCAAACAAAGAAUACCCAUUAGAAUCCAUGCAACACAACAUCCUAAUCAUGUCACACCCACUUCUUCUUCUUCUUCAAUUGCUGAGCACCAAAGAACAACACUCCAAACAAUUAAAUCCGAAAGAAAUCCGAUCUACUUCAAAGAGUUUGAUUUUGAUACUUAUAUGACGGAAAAGGCAAAUCUCGUGAACCAAGCUUUGGAUGAAGCCGUGCCGUUACAAGAACCAUUGAAAGCGCACGAAGCAAUGAGGUAUUCGUUGCUGGCGGGAGGGAAACGCGUACGACCCAUCUUAUGUCUUGCCUCGUGUGAGCUAGUUGGUGGGAUGGAGGUUUCCGCAAUGCCAAUGGCUUCCGCUCUCGAAAUGGUCCAUACCAUGUCACUUAUGCAUGACGAUCUCCCGUGCUUGGAUAAUGACGAUCUUCGACGAGGGAAGCCUACAAACCACAAAAUAUUCGGUGACGGCACCACGAUUCUAGCCGGGGACGCUAUGCUUUCGCUAGCGUUUGAACAUCUGGCCACCAAGACCACAGGAGUUGAACCUGUUAAGGUGAUUCAGGCAAUAAGUGAGUUAGGGUCAGCGGUUGGGUCUGUGGGCCUUAUAGCAGGUCAAAUAGUCGACCUUCACAGUGAAGGUAAGCAAGGUAUCACAUUGGAUGAACUGGAAUACAUUCACGUCCGCAAGACAGGCAUGCUGAUAGAGGCCUCAGUAGUCGGCGGGGCGAUAUUGGGAGGGGGAACGGCGUUACAAGUCGAAAGGAUGAGGAGAUACGCGCGGUGUAUCGGGUUGUUGUUCCAAGUGGUGGAUGAUAUAUUGGAUGUAGACACGGAUUUGUUGCUUGAUAAAUCGACGUACCCGAAACUGAUGGGAUUGGAGGGGGCUAAAGAAUAUGCCCGAGAGCUGCUGGAAAAGGCUUUGGCUGAGCUUGAUUUUUUCAACACUGACCGGGCUGCGCCAUUGUACCAUAUGGCACGUUAUAUUGCACAUAGACAGGAUUAGUUCAAUUCGAUCGAUCGGUUGAAUUUUUUUUUUUAUUGGAUGUUAAUUAAUUGGCGGCGGUCUUUAUCAUCCUUCAAAUUAUUCGUAGCUAGCUAGGAACCCGCAUUGUGGCGCCGAAAUAAUUGUUAUCACAUGUAUCGGUUUCUUUUAUUAAAGACAAUUCCACAAAUGCAAUAUUA